AUGUCAUCAUCAUAUAUUCUUUUUUCAUGCAUUUCCAAGGUGACAAAUUAUACAGAAUUGCAAAGAUUGGCCAGGGUAUUUGUUGAGAUCUUCUAUGUGGGUCAUGAUGCAAGCAAGGAGUUUGGCAGUCAAUUCUUUUUGGAGUGGCCUACUUUGGAUGAUGAUGAGUUUAACUUGGAUGGUUUUGGCGAGAUUGGUAUUAAUCAAGCAACUGACACUGACAAAGCCGCGAAGAAGAAUCCAAGGUCGGAUACCUUUGUUAUAAAAACCCUGCAAUUAGAGCACCAAUGUGGGAGGGUUGACAAACUUUUAUGUGCAAAUUCAAGAUGGCUUUCAGAGCACUAUAUAGACAUACUUAGAACAAAUCCAAAUUGGGAUGUCGAUGACAUCAUGGCCGAGGUUAGAAGAGAGUUCAACUUAGUGGUUACUAGAAACCAAGUUUUCAGAGCUAAAAGGCUUACCAGAGAAGUGAUUGAAGGUAGUUAUGUGAAGCAAUAUGCACGAUUAUGGGACUAUGUGGAAAAGCUUAAGAAGGCCAACGUAGGUGGCAAAAUCAAGAUUUUGACAGCUAUUGGGAUUAACUUAAAUAAUGGUUUAUUCCCAAUAGCUUAUGCAAUUGUUGAAAUAGAAAACAAAAGCACUUGGGUUUGGUUUUUGGAGCUUUUGAUUGCUAAUUUGAAAAUUAAGACUGACCUAGCAUGGGCUUUUAGGCCUAUCUUGGGACUUCUAGAUAACAUCAACAAGUAUAUCAUGCUUAGGAUGGCCAAUAGAAGAGCUGCUAGGAGGAAUUGGAAGCAUCCAGAUGGUCCAAGGAUUUUCAAGAUAAUUGAGAAAAGUAAAGUGGAAAGUACUUAUUGUAUUCGUAAGAUGGUUGGUGAGAAUGAGCACCUAGUACAGCACUUAAGUGGUAGACAGUUUGUAGUGAACUUGAAGGAGUCUACUUGCUCAUGCAAGAGAUGGGAUUUAUGUGGGAUCCCAUGCUCACAUGCAAUUGCUUGUAUAUUCGCCAAAGAUGAGAGUGUUUACGCCUAUGUCUAUGACUGCUACAAGAAGGAAGCUUACUUGAACUCUUAUGAUCCUAUAAUCUACCCCAUUCCUGGAAUGGAUUUGUGGGAUAGGACGGAUUUAACUCCAUUGAAACCUCCAAUAUGCAAGAAGCAACUUGGCAGGCCAAACUGA